UCUUGUCAAAGGUUGUCUCUGUGUCCAUUGUACAUCACAACCUUGUUAUAAAGAAUACAAUGUUGUCUGUGUUUAUAUAAUAUAUCCCAUUUAGCUGACUUACGAGUCAUGUGUGCGUACAUUUGACAUACGAGUCGUCACGGAAAUUGAACCCACUGUCCUGGCGUUGCAAGCGUCAUGCUUUAUCAACUGAGCUAAAGCUGACCACUCUUUUAGUCUUUGUUACUUAAUGGUCUGUUAGUCUUUUUUUUCCCCACCUGCUUUGUUGCCCUAGAGUGGACUUUAGCUUUUCAAACACCCCACCCUUCUUAUGACAUUAUUGUGGCACCUGUCAAUCACAUUGUUAUGGCAACCACGUCCUGUCCAACUCUGAGCUGUCGCUGCAUAUGGCCAAGUCAUGGUGUUGUCAUUUUGGAUGCCUUAGCUAAGAUAAAAAAUCAUAUGAAAAGACCAUUGGAAUCCUAUAUCUAGGCAUGAAACUGGUAUGUCAAGAGUGGGGCCACUUGGUGAUUAUAUGUACCGUAACAAGCCACAAUACAUCUGUACUGAGCACACACGUAAGCUGAUAAGAAGCCAUAAACAUGUCCACAGUUUCUCCAACAUGUCUUAACAGCUCAGACAAACUCCAAAGCUGUUAAACAUUAGAAGAUAGGACCAUUGCUUUGUCAGUGUCAUCAUUGUCAACUUUGACAUAAAGGCUGUUGUGUAACAAGCACAUGAGUCAGAAUGUACCAUAUUGUUCAGGUACAGUACUGCAGGUAGCUCACUAGUAAACAAACAGCUGGAAGGAAAAACAGUGACUGGGCCUACAGAAGACUUUCCUUUUACCUGAUAUCUGCCUAACAACAAUCCACUUCUCAUCUCUCUGGAUCACACGGCUUUAGCAGGUUCAGAGUCUACCGGAAUAUACCAACUCCCUGUGUUUUGAGUGAAAGCCUUUGUUUGGAAAUAGCCGCUCAUUGUAGAGUUUCCGUACCUACACUGGUAGGCUGGUCGCAGUCAUAUUGGAGCUGUGUAGUUAAUUGUUUACAGAGAAGCCUUCAGGCCUGGAACACGACAGGAUGAGGAGACUGAACCGGGUUAGUGCCUCUGGCCGUUACAACCCUGCCAUGGAGAUGGAGAUGACCGAUGGAGUUGUCAACCAGUCUGAACAGCAGCCAGUUGUUGGAAGUGCGAUCUCGAAGACAUCUGUGUCCAGUGCUGCGAAGGCAGCUGCCCAGUGGGCGUCAUACACCUGCAGCCGCUGGAAACGAGCCUGUCGUCAGUGUGUGAAGAGAAAACCCACAGGGGAAUUCUUUGAGACCAUGUACAAAGGCCUGGCCUUGGAUGAAGAUGUCAUAGAUGGAGGAGACAAAAGCUUCCACCUCAAUAAAAGACUGCUAGACCAUUUCAGAGAUCUGGCUUCCAGCAAUCAGGACACUGAUGAGGUGGACCUUCAGUACCUGAGUGAUGUAAUCGCAGAUGGAGCCGACCCCAACUCAACAGACCGAUACGGACAAACUGUCUUGCAUGAGAUCUCGAGGGCGUGGAACGUGGACGUGAUGCGUUUCUUCCUGGACAGGGGGGCUGAUGUUCUCCGUCCUGACUCCUACGGGGUCACGCCCCUGCAUGUUGCCGCAGCUCUGGACUACGAGGAGAUGAUCCACUUCUUGUUGGAGAGGAAAGCCGACAUUGGUGCUCAGACCAACAUGGAUCAUCAGACACCUCUGCACUACGCUGCUAAGAAUGACGCGGUGGGGGCAGUCAAGGUGCUGCUGCAGUAUGGGGCAGACAUCUCCGCACGAGACUACAAAAGGAGAACCCCUCUACAACUGGCUGCCAACCUAGGUUCAUACCUUUACUUGCCUCUGGACAGGAGUGAGGCUGCACGGACACUAAUGGAACUAGGGGCUGAUGCUGGGGUAAAGGACUCUGAUGGUCAGCUUUGCAUCACCGCCAUGAUUGACAAGAUGACCUCAGUGGCUCAUUUGGCUCUGAACCAGUUCCAUGUGACUGACCGGAUGACCAGGCAGCAGUUCUACUACCUUCACCUGCUGGAGCCAGAGCCACCCUGCAAGCAGAAUCCACCAGGACAGGGCUCACAAGAGGGUGUUGCCAGUGAGCCUACAUCACCAUUGGAGUUCAUAGUACACCAGGGGAAGUUGGAUCUCAUCAUGCACCCUGUGGUUCUGAAGCUCAUCACUGUCAAGUGGAAACUAUAUGGCAGGUUGGGGGCUUGGAUACUCCUACUCCUUAACUUCCUGUUUAUAGUCUCCUGGACGACCGUGGCCAUCUCUGUGUCUGUCAUCCGAACCGAGGAGCCUUAUGUUUUCCCUGAGGACUGGUGGCGUGUGUUUGGGGUGGUGGUGGCUCUGGGGCUAACAGUGGUGGAGGUGGGCCGGGAAGUGGCAGAGAUGAUAGGCUCCAGCAGGAAGCUAAGGAGCUGGCAGAGUUGGUGUGAGCAUCGCACCAACGAUGACCUGCGCUGCACACACCCAAUGUGGCCUGAGGAAAAGCAUUUCUUGGAAGAGCAAAUCAAGUUGAUCCACCGCAUGAAGGGAAACUACUUACAAGACCCCUGGAACAUCUUUGAUUGGCUGGUGUACAUACUGCUGAUGGCUGUGUUCGGGAUCCAUGUGGCAGACAUCUUCUUGCUUGGAGGAACACUGCGGGACUACAGCCUGCGCCUCUUCGCUGUGGUCAUCAUCUUCCUCUGGCUCCGGCUGAUGAAACACGUCCGAGCCUUCAGGGUUAUGGGUCCUUUCAUUGUCAUGCUGGGGAAGAUUGUGGGGGAUGUGCUACGUUUCCUCUUCCUAUAUGCAGAGAUCUUUAUCCCUUACGCGUGUGCCUUCUGGAUUAUAUUUGGAGGUCAGGCAUCAAUACCCAGUAUGCGGACUGUACCCCAGCUGCUCUACAGCCUGUACCGCAUCACUCUGGUGGACGAGUAUGAGUUUAACGCCAUGGUGGAAGUGGACUCGAUCAUGGCCCACUUCCUCUGUGGUACCUUUCUGGCUCUGUCCUCCAUUCUGUGUGUCAACCUGAUGAUUGCCCUUCUCUCGGACACCUUCCAAAGGGUGUAUGACAAUGCACUGGCCAAUGCAGUAAUGCAGCAAGCAGCCAUUAUCCUGCAGGUGGAGGAAUCCAUGCCCCGUCUCUGCCGUUUCUAUGACGACCAGCACAUCCACCGCUUCUGUGCCCCUCUUGGGGAGUUAUACGACGAUGACAUCAGAACUGACUCAAAGCGGCACGCUGAGCUGAAGACGAUCACCACUCAGAUCAAGGAGACCCUAGAUGAGUUCCUGGAGAUCCAAAAAGAAGUGAAUCCCCCCGAACAAGGACGACCUGAUGAGAGUGACAGGGCCUCGGGGGAGAGGUGCUUCUCAUUCCCUGUGCAGGGGGAACACCUGCAGACUCUGCAGAGGCUCCAGGUGGACCAGACCCAGCAGAGCCAGGACCUCAGUGCCCUGAGGGCAGACAUGAAGAACCUGCAGGCCCUGAUCCACCAACUGAUCCAGUCCCAGACCAGCUCAUGUGUGGGCUGUGGUGUGACUGUGAAGGCAGCAGAAAGCACUGGGUCAGAGCCCGUCGAAGCGCCACCAUACAGGGCCUCAACAGGUUGACUCCUUGAUGCUGAAGAUGCUUGUAACCACAGAGACUGCACAAGCAACACGAGAUCCAGGACCAGACAACAAGGAUGAAACCUUCUAACUAACAUCUAUCUCCUUAUCAGUUUUUAGGUUAUUCAGAUCAUUUAUGGUAUCUUAUGGUAUGACUACAAUACAUGCAGUAUAUGUUUGCUAAUCUAAUAGAUGCGGUAAAGAGGUCAAAUGGAAGCAUAUUGUGGAGGAUAGGAGGAGGACGCCGGAUUGGCGCAUAUUCAACGAAUCGGAUAUUCUUCAAAUCUGUCAAAUUCGGUUCCGGUGGCAUGCAUUGAAAUGCGUGGCUUUUCUUUUGCAAAAUAAAUAUUUUCAAAUAAUUGUUAACAUAUAACAUCACAUUAAGGUGUGGGACAUUUACUGUAUUACUAGGAACAAUAGCAGGUCUGUUUCGCUCCAGUAGCUGGCAUAUUCUGUCCAUUCACAAUUCACCUAUGGGAACAUGGCGGCUCUUAACACCCGACAACAGAAGGAGUUGGCCACUACUAUCCGAGAAAUUGAUCUUGACAACAUUAUCUCUGCUUUCGACUUUCGACAAUUAAAAACCGAUAAAUGAAUCUCUUGCACUGCUCUUGCACUGCUCAAGUGGAUACCUACUCAACUAAAGUGGAAAGUUUAGAGACAGUGGCCAAUCUGAUAGAAGGGUGACUCCAUGACCUGAAAUAAAUGUCCUAAAAAUGAAAACAGAAUAACUCAAAAAAUAAAUUAAAUGUGGGGGUCACAGGACUUGAAACUGGUGUGGAAGCAGGCAACCCAACGUCCUUCAUGAGCAAUCUUUUCUAUGAACUGUUUGGGCAGGAGAAACUGGGUCCCAUGCCGCUGAUAAACAUUGUGCACCGUACGUACGAGUCCUCUCCAGAACGGAUCUUUUGUGUAUGAUUGUACAAAUCCACAGUUUUGAAGUCAAAUGACAAAUUGUUCGCCUCACAGCGGAUUCGGGGCUCCGACCUAUGCAAAAAAAAAAAAACAUCUACCCAGAUCUGAGUGCUGAACUGCUGAAAA